CUUAACAGGACAAUUUUCCCUAACCGACUUCUCGUUCCGCGGCCAAGACAUUCUUCGCUCUCGCUCCAUCCGUCGAUUGAUCUCUCUAUGCAACUGGUCUCAAAGCGUCGUCGCCUCGAUUGCUCCUCUCUCCGAUCCUGAAAUCGAUCGACUUGGAAACCCCAGGCAUGCGGGACUAUGAGCCCAGAUAUAGGGUUUCCUUCUCCUGGAAUCGCAGGUUUUAUCUUGGUCUUACGUUGAUUUGAGCCGCAAGACGUCGGGUUUUGGCUGGAGAUUUCGCAAGCGAAUUCGACUCUAGCUUUUAUCGUAGCAAUUCUGCGAUUAGAUUGAUUCGGUGACAAUAAUAUCAAGUUUGGGUGGUGUUGUUUGGCCGAAUUCCGUCGCAUUUUCGGUGGAUUGUUGUGUUUCUAGGUAUAAUUGGACAUGAAUUCAAGACCGGGACAAGCGUCUUAUCGUGAUCGGACGCAGGAGUUCGUCAAGGCUGUUGAGAACUUGAAGACGCCCUUUUCAUUGGUAGCGGAUGCUUCGAACUCAAGCACUGGAUCUAUCUUGGAGGGACCAAAAUCUACGGCCUCAAACCAAUCGGGGUUUAACAGGAAAGCUUCGAAAAUUGGCCUUGGGAUUCAUCAGACUUCACAGAAACUUGCCAAGCUUGCGAAAUUGGCAAAAAGAACAUCAGUUUUUGAUGACCCUGCUGUAGAGAUUCAAGAACUGACAGCAGUCAUCAAGCAGGACAUUACUGCUCUGAAUUCUGCAGUUGUAGACCUGCAACUCCUCUGUAAUUCACAGAAUGAAAGUGGGACUAUGUCCAAAGAUACUACCAGUCACUCGGCGACUGUUGUUGAUAAUUUGAAAAAUCGCCUGAUGAGUGCAACGAAGGAGUUCAAAGAAGUUCUAACCAUGCGGACUGAGAACUUCAAGGUUCAUGAGAACAGAAGGCAGUUGUUUUCUUCAUCUGCUGCAAAAGAUGUAACCAAUCCUUUUCUUCGACAACGACCGCUGUCGUCCAGGGGAAUUAGUGACUCUAAUGCUCCCUCAGCACCAUGGGAAAAUGGCUCAACACAUUCUUCUUCUUUGUUUCCCAGGAGGAUGAUGAAUGGGGAGCCAUCAUCGUCAAUUCAACCUUUGAUCCAACAGCAGCAACAACAGCAAACGGCUCCAGUACAGGAUCACUACAUUCAGAGCAGAGCAGAAGCCCUUCAGAAUGUUGAAUCAACAAUUCACGAAUUGAGCAAUAUUUUUACGCAACUAGCUACGAUGGUUUCACAGCAGGGGGAGCUUGCAAUCAGGAUCGAUGAGAACGUGGAUGACACAUUAGCUAAUGUGGAGGGAGCACAAGGCGCGCUGCUCAAGUAUCUCACCAGUAUAUCCUCUAAUAGGUGGUUGAUGAUGAAGAUAUUCUUUGUCCUCAUGGUUUUCCUUAUGAUCUUUUUGUUUUUUGUUGCAUAAUUUUAUCUAUCUUAUCUCUAGUGCGACCGUCGUGGUGUCAAUGAUCCGAGUAAGUUUUCGUUUCCCGCAAUUAUUUUUUUUUACAAAUUCCAUAAGGUUAAGGGCGGAUUUGCUAUCUCCCGACCCUUUUUUUAGGGUUGUAUUUUCUCCCAUACAGGGCACUCGAUACUAGUGUUUUCUUAGCACCUGUUGUUGAUUUAAGGGGAAUCAGACCUAUAAGAUCGAAUAAAGCUCUCUUACAUACCUC